AUGAAGUUUACGAUACUGGUGGCAUCGGUGGCUGUCGUCAUCUCGGCAGCACUGGCGCUGGAGUUCGAAAGCAGAAAGCUGCAUCCGGGAGCGAAUGGGGGCGAGGAGGGAGGGCACCUGUCGAUGCUGGAGCAGACACCGGCCGAGGAUCGCCAGUGGCAGGCGGUGAAGAAGCACGAGAAGCGCCAGACGGGCAAGAAGAUUCACAUCUUCCUCGGCAAGCCAAAGGGCAAGAAGCCGAAGAAGCACGCGGCUGGCGAGGGCGAGACGGAAACGCAGACGCGCAAGACGCCCGAGCUGACGACCCGCUCGGACAAGGGCGUGAUCGAUACGACGUCGGACGCGCCGGAUGCGGCCGUCGGCGAGAGCCAGCACUACGAGAUCGGCGAGCAUAACAUCGUGAAGGAGAAGAUCAAGAUCAAGCACCAUCACCAUCACCAUCACCACAACCACGUGAAGACGGUGGUCAAGAAGGAGCCGUACCCGGUGGAGAAGGUCGUCCAGGUGCCGGUGGAGAAGAUCGUGCACGUCCCGAAACCGUACCCGGUCGAGAAGGUCGUCGAAAAGGUGGUACACGUGCCGGUGGAGAAGAUCGUGCACGUCCCCAAACCGUACCCGGUGGAGAAGAUCGUCGAGAAGGUGGUGCACGUUCCGAAGCCCUACCCGGUGGAGAAGAUCGUCGAGAAACCGGUGCACGUACCGAAGCCGUACCCGGUCGAGGUGAAGGUGCCAUAUCCGGUGGAGAAGAUCGUCCACGUCGACAAACCGUACCCGGUGGAGAAGAUCGUCGAGAAGAUCGUCCACGUACCGAAGCCAUACCCGGUGUACAAGCAGGUCCAAGUGCCCGUCCCCGUCGAGGUGAAGGUACCGUACGAAGUGCCGAAGCCCGUCCCGUACCCAGUGGAGAAGAAAGUGCCCUAUCCGGUGGAAGUAAAAGUUCCGGUCGAAGUCGAGCGCAAGGUGCCCGUUCCGGUGAAGGUUGAGGUCGAGAAGAAGGUCCCGUACCCGGUGAAGGUGUACGUGCCGCAACCGUACCCGGUGGAGAAGAAGGUGCCCUAUCCAGUUCCGGUCAAGUCGGGCUCAUCGUUCCCGUUCCCCUUCGACAAGGACGUGACGAGCUACUCGAACUCCCAGUUUCAUCCGUUUGAAUCGCAGCACCACGAAGAGUACGCCGGCUCGGAGGACAACUAUCGUCGUGCGGCCAAGACGGGCUACAAGAAGGGUAAGGGUAAGAAGUCGAAGAAAACCGACCAGCAGUCCCAGCAGGAGCAGCAAAAGCAACAACAGCACCAGCAGCAACAGCAGCAGCAGCAGCAUCAAUCGAGUGCCCCGGUCACGGAGGACCACAGCGAGGGACAGACGGGCUUGGGAGCGUCCUACUCGUCGCUUAGCACCGGCACCGACCAUGGCGCCCACUACACCCAGACCACCAUCUUCCAUGGCGACUCCGGACACCACGCACAGUCACAGCAACAGCAACAGCAGCAGCAGCAUUCUCACCAAUCUCUUCUACAGCAGCACCAGGAUCAGUUGCAGCAGUACCAUCAGCAGCAGCAGCAGCAGCAGCAACAGCAACAGCAACAGCAGCAGUUCCACCUGCAACAGCAGCAGCAACAGUACGGUAACCAAGAUCAGAACAGCUUCUUCAACCAGCAGCUAGUCCACUACAGCCAGCAGCCCAAGUACGGGCCGUCCACUUUCCCGGGACAAUCCUCCUCCCAAGGGUCGUCCGACUACGGUUCGGCACCUCAGUCUACCGGACAGGAGUACGGCAGCCACCAUCAGUACGGUAGCUCCGAUCAUUACCAUGGAUCUGGCUCGAACCAGCAGGAAGUGAUCGUUACUCCACCGUCCGGUGCCGGGGCUGGCUCCGGAUUCGGUCAUCAACCGGCCACGUACGGUCUAACGGCUCCAUCGAACCCGGGCGGUAGCUUCCAGCUCGAUUCCCAGCCACAGCCCUUCCAGCUGCUUCAAUUUGCGCCCUUCCAGUACCAAACGCCAACCGGAUUCUCUCUGCCAACUGCCAGAUAG